AUGCCUAAUCACCAAUUAGCGCGCAAGCCUUCGGUGCCGACGUGUGGCGGAGCGGCUGGAGCCGGGCGAGCGGCCCAGGGCGGCGCCCCGCAGUAUUCGUGCAGCCCGAGCAGCCCGCAGACCCUGAGCAGGCGUCCCCCCGGCUUCGCGGGGGCGGGGGGCUCCCCCCUGCACCACAGAUGCCCCUGUGACGCUUCUUCAAGUGUGGCCAUGCCACCCGCUGACCGAACCCUGGACUCCUCCUCAUGUGGUUUCAGAAGCGAGUUUUCCAAACUCCUCAGUCAGCUGCUAAUGAAGGCGCCCGCCGGCCGGCCGGGCCUUGAUGUGCGGCGUGGCGGGGAGCGAGGCGCGGCCGGGGGACCCGAGCGCCCGAGCGCGCCGCGCCCCGCUGCCGCCACCUGCGCGCCGCGGAGCGGGCUGCGGGCCGCGGGCCGCGGGCCGCGGGCGAUCAAAGGGCCGGCGGGCGACGGGGAGGGCGCCCCUGGCGGGCGGAGCGCAGGCCGGCGGGCGGGGGCUCCACCGACUCUGGCUUCUAAUUAA